UUGCGUUUGCGUUAAACUUUGUCUAGACAGUCUAGAGUCUAGGCUCUCUCAUCGAUUGCUUUUUAGAAAAGCAAGUUAUAAUCAAAUACCUCUGAUACCGGACCAUGGUCUAUAUAGUAGUAAUGCAUUAGAAAGUAAAACCGUCGCGUGCAAACCAUCGUCCAUGUUUCUUGUCCGGUCCGCGAGCAAGUACGGUUGCCGAUUCUCACCUUUGCACAGGCAAAUCAGCCGAGCCGCAAACUUAUCGAGUAACGGCAGCCAUCUUUGCUGCUCAGAAACGGGCUGUGGUUUGUGACAGAGAGACGGUAGUGGUUCUUCAUGCAGUUCACGAGACCAUCCCGUCGCCUAUGUACCCUACAAGAGAUUGGAAAUCAUUCUUAAGUGUGGCUAACUAGAAGAAUUAACGAACUCGUGUCACGAAUCCGGGCUACCGAAAUAUGGCAAUGGAGACGCCAAGGGAGCGUGAGAUCGCCGCGGAGGACAGUAUUAAGGUAGUCUGCAGGUUUCGACCUUUGAACGACUCCGAGGAAAAGGCUGGCUCUAAGUUCAUCGUGAAAUUUCCCUCCGGCGGCGAGGAAAAUUGCAUCUCCAUCGGGGGAAAAGUAUAUCUUUUUGACAAAGUAUUUAAACCAAAUGCUACUCAAGACAAAGUAUACAAUGAAGCAGCUAGAUCAAUUGUCACAGAUGUGUUGGCAGGAUACAAUGGCACUAUUUUUGCAUAUGGUCAAACAUCUUCAGGGAAAACGCACACAAUGGAAGGUGUUAUUGGAGAUCCAAAUAAACAGGGUAUUAUUCCCAGAAUUGUUAACGACAUUUUCAAUCAUAUUUAUGGUAUGGAAGAAAAUUUGGAAUUUCAUAUCAAGGUAUCAUAUUUUGAAAUCUAUAUGGAUAAAAUCAGAGAUCUUCUUGAUGUGUCUAAAGUGAAUUUAAGUGUACAUGAAGACAAAAACCGAGUUCCAUUCGUGAAAGGAGCGACAGAGCGCUUUGUAUCUAGUCCCGAAGAAGUGUUCGAAGUUAUAGAGGAAGGAAAAUCGAAUAGGCAUAUUGCUGUGACUAAUAUGAAUGAGCACAGUUCGCGUUCUCAUUCUGUGUUCUUGAUAAACGUUAAACAAGAAAAUUUAGAAAAUCAAAAAAAGCUUUCCGGAAAGUUAUACCUUGUUGACUUGGCUGGUUCAGAAAAGGUCUCUAAAACUGGAGCAGAAGGCACCGUGCUCGAUGAAGCGAAAAAUAUUAAUAAAUCGCUAUCAGCGCUUGGCAACGUAAUUUCAGCUUUAGCCGAUGGCAACAAAACUCACAUUCCUUAUCGUGAUUCAAAGUUAACUCGAAUUUUACAAGAAUCUCUUGGGGGCAAUGCUAGAACUACAAUUAUCAUUUGCUGCUCACCAGCUAGCUUUAACGAAUCCGAAACAAAAUCUACCUUAGAUUUUGGUAAACGUGCUAAGACUAUUAAGAAUGUUGUAUGCGUUAAUGAGGAAUUGACCGCUGAAGAAUGGAAACGUCGUUACGAGAGAGAAAAAGAAAAGGCAGCUAGAUUCAAAGGAAAAGUUGAAAAAUUGGAAGCUGAACUAUCACGUUGGCGUCAGGGUGAAACCGUUAAAAUAGAAGAACAAGUCAAUUUGGUUGAAGCACCAGAUGUUACAACACCAAUUAAUGUGUCCAUUGAAGGUAAAAUUGACGAUGGCCCAAUGCCAGCUACACCUGGUGGCAGCCUGAUGGCUGGUUCCUUGUCCAACGAAGAACGACAGAAACUGGAAGAAGAACGCGAAAGACUGUAUCAACAACUGGACGAUAAGGAUGAGGAAAUUAACCAGCAAUCGCAGUAUGUCGAGAAACUAAAAGAACAAAUGGACGAACAAGAAGAAUUGAUUGCUAGUGCAAGGCGGGACUACGAACAACUUCAACAAGAAAUGAAUCGAAUACAACACGAGAAUGAAAGUGCUAAAGAAGAAGUUAAAGAAGUUCUACAAGCACUCGAAGAACUGGCAGUUAAUUACGAUCAGAAAUCUCAGGAGGUUGAAAUGAAAAACAAAGAACAGGAAGCUUUAACGGAAGAAUUAUUAACGAAAGAAGUAGCAUUGAACACUACUACGUCAGAAUUACAGCAAUUGCGAGAUAUGUCCGCGCAUCAGCGAAAACGUAUCGCAGAAAUGUUAGCCAACUUCUUAAAAGAUUUGGGUGAAAUUGGAGUUGCUAUUGGCGGCGACGAGAACCUGAAGGUUGCGCCGGAAAGCAAUGGUAAACUUGAAGAGGAAUUCACAGUGGCGAGACUUUUCAUUAGCAAAAUGAAAUCAGAGGUGAAGAAUUUGGUACAACGUUGCCAAGGAUUAGAAAGUUUCCAAGUAGACUGUAACAAGAAAGUUGCUGAAUAUGAAAAAGACUUGGCCGAAUGUCGUCUACUCAUCUCGCAACACGAGGCUCGUAUGCAGACAUUAACGGAAUCGAUGAAGGUAGCAGAUGCACGUAAACGUACUUUGGAAGAGGAUGUCGAUGCUUUACGCGAAGAGUGUGCUAAGCUGAAGGCUGCGGAGCAGGUACAAGCAGUUACGAAUAAAGAAAAAGCGGAAGAAAAAGAAGCGGCGACGAAGAUGAGAGUGGCAUUGGAAGAACAAAUGGAUCAGUUGCGAGACGCUCAUCAGAAACAGGUUGCUGCGCUUAGAGACGAACUUUCUGAAAAGCAAGACUUAAUCAGCGAGCUCAAAGAUUUGAAUCAGAAAUUCACGUUAGCCCAUCAACAAAUGCAAGCUGACUACGAACGAUUAAAGCAGGAAGAAGCGAACAAGUCGGUGAAACUGCAAGAACUAAUCUUGCUUAAUGAACGCCGUGAACAAGCCAGAAAGGAUCUCAAGAGUCUGGAAGAAACGGUAGCCAAAGAACUUCAAACAUUACACAAUUUGCGUAAAUUAUUCGUCCAGGAUCUACAGACUAGAAUAAAGAAGACUAUGAACUCUGAGGAUAACGAAGACGACGUUGGAACGCUUACGCAGAAACAGAAGAUUUCAUUCCUCGAGAAUAAUUUGGAUCAACUUACAAAGGUCCACAAGCAACUUGUUAGGGAUAACGCUGACCUUCGCUGCGAAUUACCGAAGCUUGAAAAGAGACUGCGAGCUACGAUGGAACGAGUGAAAGCCCUUGAAACGGCAUUGCGAGACGCCAAGGAGGGCGCGAUGCGAGACCGUAAACGCUACCAGUUCGAGGUAGAUAGAAUCAAGGAAGCUGUCAGACAGAAAAGUUUGGCUCGUCGCGGACCUAGCGCACAGAUUGCUAAACCGAUCAGGGCCGGUCAACAUCACAACUUAAGCAACGUUAACGUUAUUAGAACAGGAAACCGUGAAAACGUAUGCAAGAAAGUUUUCAUCGAUGAAAAGAAAAGAGUUCCGGAGACUCUGAUUUGUAGUGGAUACACAUAAAUGUUACGAUUAUAUAGUAAGGGCAAUAGACGUAAUAUAUCCGCAAGGAGCACCGCCAGUUCUUUUUAUUUGUCUCGAAACAAGCAUGUACUUAGGUAUAUUCAAAUAUGUGCAUUAAGUUAUGAAAUUAGCGCUGCAUGUCCCAUCGACUUGUACAUAGUUAAUUUUUAUAAAUUAUUUAAUUUAAUGUCAUGCACGACAAAUAAAGGUGAAUGUCUAUCAAAUAAACACGCAAAGGCCUCUCGUAGAAAGUAUUUCGCUUAUUCGUAUCGGAAUUUUUGUACCACUAUGUGUCCCGUUUCUGAUAUAAAUAUCAUCAAAAAAGAAAAGACAAAGUAAAUUCCACUUAUCGUUAGAUAAGAAGUAAAUUCUUGCUAUUCGUCAAAAAUAUGUUUUGAUCGACUUGUCUUUAGUAGUUUUUUUUAUUAAAUCUGUUAUUGGCAUUAAAAAAUUGUAAACGAACGAGGCCGUACUAUUUAACAUUUGGUAGGUAUCGCUAACGUGAGAUACGAUCGGACAUGCGGCCUUGAGAAACAUUGUAGGUAUGAUUGUGGCUUAUAAGUAUUUGUAAUUGUAAGAAUUCUCUCCAUUGCUAUCGACAAACUCGUGACUAAAAAUUAAUUCCAGGCCUUCUUGGAGGACUCGCUUAACCGAUCGUUAAGUUUGCCGGUCACUCUAAAGAUUACUGAAGGUUUACGAGCCAAUGGGCUUUACGAGAGAAAGUUUUCGACAGAACAAUUUCAUCCCAAUCUUCAUUCACGUUUAUUUUUAUUAAUUAUAUACAAUCUAGCUUUCAUUGAAUCGAUCUUUGUAUAAUCAUUUAAUUUAAAUUAAUUUAUUUUCGCUUAUUCUUGUUUAUAUCAGAGGCUUCUAUACUACAUUUAAAACCCCGCAGUCCAACGAAAUUUGGUCUGUAGAACAAAGUCUUUUGUUUUAGAUAAACAAGUAGUUUACAUUUCUUCAUGUUGAGCUUGUGCUCAGAAGUUACCUAAAUAUAUAAUUAAAAGUAUACCUAAUUCUGAGCUCUUGCAUAGGUCUGCUUAAGUUCCUAAAACCUGCUGCAGGCCACUAGUAAGUCGCUCACACGUAUUUCAUUUUUUCUUUCCAGAGUAGUCAAGUACAUCGUACACACACACGCAUACAUGUGCAUUUUUUUUUACUGAACUCUUACCUAAUAUUCAUCAAUAAUUAGUGCUUUUUAUCUAUUUUUUGUAACAACUUUAUUUAUGAUUCCCUUAGAAAUUUUCAAGUCACGUAUACUUGAUAUAUUAUC